ACCCUUGCACGAUUUUCUCUUUUCUCUUUUUAUUUAUUUAUUAUUUUUCACUAUUCCUCUGCUCUAAGCAUAUAUAUAUAUAUACCAUCUGUUCGAAGUUUGAACGUCUGGGACAAACACAGUGAAAACUAAAAAGCUUUGAUGGUGGAAGUGGGAGAGGGUUCAGGUUCAAAGCCCUCUGAAGAAAUCUGGGCUAAGCUUGUUCCAUUGGACUCAAGAUAUUCAGAUAUUGAGAUAAGGUCAGAUGAGAUUGUAAUAUGUUCAGAGAUCAGAUCAUCCUCUAUUGAAAAACAUGACUGGUGCCAAAUAUCACGGAAUUCUGAUCUAUGUUCUGCCACAAUGCUAAAUAAAAGUUCAAAAACGGUACUUGUUGAUGAGGUUGUUGUUCAAAACGGAGAUGAUAUUGUUAUCAAGUGUGGAAGUAAAAUCUUUCCAGGCCCUGAUACAGAAGGUUAUCUGGGCUACAGAUUUGAAGUAAUGCCUAGCCAAGAAAUCUGCAAUAAGCAACUAAUAACGAUUUCUGUUGAUGCUGAGCAUGCAAAAUGCAGCAUAUGCUUAAAUACAUGGCAUGAUGUUGUUACUGUUGCUCCUUGCCUCCAUAACUUCUGCAACGGAUGCUUCUCAGAGUGGUUAAAGAGAUCUCAAGAGAAACAUUCAAGUGUACUUUGUCCCCAAUGUAGAGCAGUUGUACAAUUUGUUGGAAGAAACCACUUCCUGCGUAAUAUUGAGGAGGGUAUACUUGAAGCAGAUUCUUCAUUAAAGCGGUCUGAUGAAGAAGUUGCACUUUUAGAUUCCUAUGCAUUGAUACAGUCAAAUCUUGUCGUUAGAUCAGGGAAAAAGCUGCGAAGAAAGAGGGCUUAUUCCCCCUUGGAUGAGGAAAGUGAUGGCAUAGACCUUCCAUGCCCUCAAUGUGGUACAGAAUUGGGUGGGUUCCACUGCAAUCAGAACACCAUUCAUCUACAGUGUCAUGCAUGUGGAGGAAUGAUGCCUUCCCGAACUGAUAUUAGUGUACCACAACACUGUGUAGGAUGUGAUAGAGCAUUUUGUGGUGCUUAUUGGCAAGCUCAAAGGCUUACAACAACUGACUUUCACCCUGUUUGCAGUCGUGAGACUUUUAAACCAAUCUCAGAUCGCACUAUUUCUAGAAUUCCUGAUGCAGUGCAUAACAAGAAUCGGCAUGAACAAGAUAUCACACAAAGGUGUAUUAUACAGAUGGGCAGAACGUUGCAGGAUGUUAUCUCAGAGUGGAUUGCAAAGUUAAACAACAGAGAAAUAGAUCGAACAAGGAUGCCACUGAACCAUGCUGAGAUGAUCACUUCCAGAACUCAUGUUUGCAAUGAUUGUUAUGACAAAUUGGUCUCAUUCCUUUUGUACUGGUUUCGGAUUUCAGUGCCCAAAUAUCUUUUACCACCAGAUGCAUCAAAAAGGGAAGAUUGCUGGUAUGGGUAUUCGUGUCGGACACAGCACCACACUGAUGAACAUGCUCGUAGAUUAAAUCAUGUUUGCCGUCCUACUAGAGGUACUAACAUGUAGUGUAGUUUCUGUGAUAUACACUAAUGGAUGUAAACAACAACCCCCCUCCAUCCUUCCCCUUUUGAUUUGGAUAUGAAUGUAAUCCUACUAUUGGUUGUUAUACCAUUCAUUCAUGUCAAAUUUACUUAUCAAUAGUGUUUUCGUGCCAUUAAGGCCAUUAUUUGCAUGGAGAAUGACUAAAUUUUA